AUGGUUUGGAUAUGUAAUGCAUGUAAAAAAGGUCGACAUAGAUCUUGUGAAAAUGAAUGGCAAUGUGAUUGUCAAUGCAAUGUAAAUGGUAGUGCUGAUAUUACACAAAAAAGUCUUGCUAUUGUUGGUGGAACAGCAUUAGCAGUUGGUGGUUUAGCUUUUACUAUAUGUACUGGAGGUUUAGGAGCAGUUAUUAUUGGUGGUGGAAUGUUAGGUGCUGGUAUUAGUUCAACUUGGAAUGGUGCUGAAAAAGCAAUCAAAGGUGAACGAAUCAAUGGAAAAACAUACAUUGCUGAUGUUGCUUUUGGUGCUGUUACAGGUGUAGCAACUGGUGGUGUAGGUGCUGCAGGUGAAACAAUAGCUACGAAUGUUGUUAAACAAGGUGCUAAAGAAGUUGUAAAAGCUGGAGCACAAAAAUUAGCUGUACGAGCUACAACUGGUAUUGUUACUGGAGUGACAGCAAAAGCAAUAGAUGAAGUUAAACAAUGUUCAACAAAUGAUAAAAAAUGGUCAGAUUAUGGAAAAACUUUUGAUGAAAAUGGUGAAGAAAAAGGAACAGCUGCUUCAUGGAUAACAAGUGCAGCUGUUGGUGGAUUAGGUGGAGUUAGUAGUCAUGUUAGUUCAAAUUUAUCGAAACAAGUUACAUCUAAUGUUGCUAAAAGUGUUACACGUGUUGUUGUUAGUGGAACAAGUGCAGCAGUUAGUGAUGCAACAAUUCAAAGUGUUAAUAUAGCUGUUGGAAAUCAAGAUGAAUAUGAUUUUAAACGUACUGUUACAAGUGCUUCGACAAGUGCAAUAAUGACAGCAGCUCAAGAAGGAACUAAAAAUGCUAUUUAUAAAGUUAAUGGUGGAAAAGAUAUUAUAUUACAAGAUAAAGCAAAUAGAAAAUUAAUUGAAGAAAAAGUACCUGAAGAAGAUCAACAAAAAGCAAUUAAUGGAUAUGAAAAUUUGAAGAAAACAUCUCAAAAUACAUUGAAAGAUGAAGCAGUAAAAUCUUUUAGUAUUACUAAUUCAAAACCACGAAUAGCUUAUCAUGAAUCAAUUAUUAAAGAUUAUGAAUCUAAAAUUAAUAAUGAAUAUGUUUUAAAAAAAAAUGCAAUUGCUAUAAAAGAUAUACAAGCAAUUAGACAACAUCAACAAAAUAUAGAUAAUUUAAAACUUGAAAAAAAUCAAGCAAUUCAAAAUUUUAAUAAUGUCGAUAUAUAUAAAAAAAGUGAUAUUAAAAUGAUGAAUUCUAAUAAUGCUCAUUUUCUUAUUGAUGAAAAAGCUGGACAAAUAGCUGUUGAUAUUAAAGAUUCUAAUGAAAUUUCUCGAGGAUUAAAACGAGAAACAUUUGAUUUUGAUACUGAUAAAAAAGGACGUGUACAACUUAAAUUUUCUGGUUAUACAGAUAAACAUGAUUAUUCAAGUAUGCCUGAUUAUGGUAAAGGUGAUUAUGAUAAAACUCAUCUCAAAUGUGAAACUAUGUUACAUAAUGACUUAAAAGUAGCAAAUGGACAAGUAAAUAAUCUUACAGGUCAACAAUCAUUACAAGAUGAAAAGAAAAAGAAGAAAAAACAAAAUUAA